AUGAGGAGCACUCAACGUGUCGAGGGUAUGAAUGCAUAUUUCAAUAUAUUCCUAAACCAAAAGGUUAGGCUGUAUGAAUUUGUAGCGCAGUAUGAUAGGGCUCUUGCUAAAAUGCGUGUUAAUGAGGCAGAAACAGAAUCUAAAAUAGAGAAUAGUUUCCCGGUUUUGACUACGCCAUUGAGGAGUUUGGAGAAACAUGCAGCUGAACUCUUUACUCGGAAGAUUUUCUCAUUGUUUCAACAUGAAAUCAGGAAAGAGGGUAAAUUGUUUGUGAUGGAAAGAGUUCAGCUGGAGGAUCAUCGCACCUACCGUUUUGGUGAGUACAAGGCACCAACAUGCACGUGGACGGUUGAGUAUUUUCCAGCUAAUAUCACAAUGAAAUGUUGUUGCUUGAAGUUUGAGUCGUUUGGCAUCCCUUGCUGCCACAUGAUUGCUGUUAUGAAAUCUGAACAAUUAAUGUGUAUUCCACCGAGUUGUGUCUUGCAGAGAUGGACAAGACGUGGUAGGUCAAAGUGUCAACAACCAAGUCUUACCCAAAUUUGUAGCACCCUAACACAGACAGCUCGGUUUGGUAUACUCAGCUCCUGUUUUAGUGAAAUGUCAUAUUAUGCCUCACACGCGGACAAAGAUUUUGAAGAGGCAAGGGAAAUAGCUUUCCAGCUGACAUCGCAGAUGAAAAAACGUUGGGCAAUGAGAAAAGAAGGUAACGCCGAGGCUGGGGACAAAAAUAUUGCACCCAAACUAUAUGGCGUUGGUGAUCCGAAUGUAGUGAAGACCAAAGGGAACCCCGGAGGGACAUCUUCUAUGGGUAAACCUCCAAAACCAAGGCGGUGUGGGUAUUGUAGGAGCAUCGGACACACGAAGCGGAUGUGUAAAAAAUUGGCUUCAAGUAGCCAGAGAGAGGGUAGCAACUCAGACAGUGAACCAUUCAUGAACACAGAGUUGGAUCCCCACACGGAUGAUAUCGAUGAAUUGCCAAUUUAUCCAAAUGAUCCAGUGUAG